UUUAAAAAGCGCUCUAUGAUCAGCCCCUCCCUGGGCAAACACCCGUGGAGUGGCCUGUGGGGUGAUCCCAAGGCUGAGCGUGUUGGGAAGAAAAGCAUGACAGGGAGGAAACCUGCACUGAAUACCAGCAAAGUCAAGCCCAGGAGAAGGGUCACUUCUGACCUGUUUCAGAACUCUGUCAGGUUCCAGAGAAGAGGACAGAGGGGACUGCACUCUCCCCAGCCAGCACUGUUUAGGGUAGAGGACAAGGAGUUCUGGUCCAAAGCAGAGGGUGACAAGAGCUGCUCUGUCUCUCAAUCAAUCAUGCAACAGAUGGAGGAUGCCCUGCUGUACGCCUUCCUGGAGGCAUCCUCUGACUGCAAGUUCAAAGAGCAGCUGUGGUCCCUGACGCCUUCGUCUGACCAAGGGGCGGUUGUGCCUCGUCGCCAAGGGGGGAUUGAUGGUUACCAAGGGAGGAUUGUGCGUAAACUAGGGGGGGGUCUUGUGCCUCGUCUCCAAGGACCGGGCUUUGAUGAUGAGUCUGAACUCCAGUGUGACGGCAAUCGGAGCGGCCACCUGCAGAACGGCGAGCUGGAGGCUGACGCUCCAGCAAACGAAGACGUUAUCGGGAUCAUCGCUGCUCAGCUCGCUGAGAUUGGAGACAAGCUUGACAAAGAUGUCCAAGGAAAUGUAGUAAAUGAUCUAGUGCAGCACUUUCUGAAUGAGAAUCUCUCCACUGAGGAGAUAAUGCGGCACAUGUCAAGGGUAGUGAGAGAGCUUGCACAAGCCAUCCCCGCAGACAUGGAACAGGAGAAGGUCAUGUUGGUGCUAGCAAUGGUCUUGGCUAAGAAAAUUGUGAAUACAGUGCCCUCCCUUCUAAACCGUGCCUUCACCAUCACUGUGAACUUCAUGAAUCAGCAGUUCCACAACUACAUUGAUGAAAUGCUGGGUGAGUGAGCUCUCCUGCCCUCCACGUGGAGAACGCGGAUUCUAGAAGACAACUUUUCUUGGUGUUUGCUUUUUAACUUCUGAGAUACUGUGGACGUGUCUCAGUAUCUCCCACAGCUGUGAAAGGGAUGGCAGAGCUCCAUAGAUAGGCUUUUGUAGAUUAGCACAGCUCUGCCAGUACCUGUAGGGAGAAGUGCUUCCCCUUUAUAAUUUUAGGAUAUUUUUUUCAGGUUCUUUUUUUUUUUUUUUUUAG